AUGUCGAUCAACUGGGUAAUGCUCGCGCCUGCCUCCACACCACCGUACACACCUCUACCAAGCGAACAAACCCUCUUCACAUCCUCCCCUCGAAUCGCCCUCAACCUCUCCACACCCGCACACUUCCCGGGCAAGCAACAGCAACCCUUCAACCUCUCUGUCCCCAGCGGACUACUCUACCUCACGAACCGCCGCGUCAUCUUCCUCCCCGACAAAUCCACACCCCAAAUCCAGAGCUUCGCAGCACCCAUCCUCAACCUCCACGACUCACACGUCGCAGCACCUUGGUUCGGACCAAACGUGUGGACCGCACUCCUCCAACCUACCUCCGGCGGCGGCAUCCCCAUCCCCCCUGGCGGCGCGGUCGAGAUCAAAUUCACGUUUAAAGAAGGCGGCGCCUUCGACUUCCACACCCACUACGAGCGCGUGCGGGAGCGAUUACAGCAGGCGAUGGAGGUGCAGAGGAUUGACGGGGAUGGGGCCGGUGCGGCGCAGAACAGAGUGGUUGUGGAGAAUGUGAAUUUGGAGGAUCUGCCGGUUUAUCAGGAGCAGGGAGAUGGGCCGCUGAUACCGCCGACUGUGCAGGAUGGAGGGAGGGAGGGGGGUGGGGUGGGGGAGAGGUCGAGGGAGAAUGUGCCGGAUGAGGCGCCGCCCGGGUAUGAGGAGGCGCAGAUGGCCACUUUGACGGAAGAAGUUGAGAGGAGGGCGCAGGAAGGGCAGCGGUGA